CUCCCUCCCCUCCCUGCCAGGCAGGGCCCUGCAGCGGCUGUGGGGGUGUCUCCGCCAGUGCCUGCGGGGUCCUUCCGCGAGUCGGCUGCCCGCGCUGCUGCCUGAGCGGGUGCCGCUGCUGGUUUCCGGUGUGUGUGUGUGAGUGAGGCCGGGCCGAGCCGAGCCGAGCCGGGGGGAUGGCGGACGAUGGCGCGGAGCGGUCCGAUGGCCGCAUCGUGAAGAUGGAGGUGGAUUACAGCGCCACGGUGGACCAGCGCCUGCCCGAGUGCGAGCGGCUGGCCCAGGAAGGAAGACUUCAAGAGGUCAUUGAAACCCUACUCUCUUUGGAAAAACAGACACGAACGGCCUCUGACAUGGUUUCCACGUCCCGUAUCUUGGUUGCUGUAGUAAAAAUGUGUUAUGAAGCUAAAGAUUGGGAUGCUCUUAAUGAAAAUAUUAUUAUUCUGUCAAAGAGAAGAAGUCAGUUAAAACAGGCAGUUGCUAAAAUGGUCCAGCAGUGCUGUACCUAUGUUGAGGAGAUUACAGACCUUCCAAUCAAACUGCGAUUAAUAGACACACUGCGUAUGGUAACAGAAGGAAAGAUAUACGUGGAAAUUGAGCGUGCUCGUCUUACAAAUACACUUGCAACAAUAAAAGAACAAAAUGGUGAUGUGAAAGAAGCUGCUUCAAUUUUGCAAGAACUACAGGUGGAAACCUAUGGUUCAAUGGAAAAGAAAGAGCGGGUGGAAUUCAUCUUGGAGCAGAUGAGACUCUGUUUGGCUGUAAAAGACUAUGUUCGGACCCAAAUUAUCAGCAAAAAAAUUAACACCAAAUUUUUCCAGGAAGAAAACACAGAGAAAUUAAAGCUGAAAUACUACAACUUAAUGAUUCAGCUGGAUCAACAUGAAGGUUCCUACCUCUCAAUCUGUAAGCACUACAGAGCCAUUUAUGAUACUCCUUGUAUCCAGGCUGAAAGUGAAAAAUGGCAGCAGGAACUGAAGAACGUUGUUCUGUAUGUUAUCCUUUCACCUUAUGACAAUGAACAGUCUGAUUUGGUACACAGAAUAAGCAGUGACAAAAAACUAGAAGAAAUCCCUAAGUAUAAAGAUCUUUUAAAACUAUUUACCACUAUGGAGUUGAUGCGCUGGACCGUCCUAGUUGAGGAAUAUGGAAAGGAAUUAAGAGAAGGAAGUCUUGACAGUCCUGCCACAGACGUCUUUGGUUAUACAGAGGAAGGUGAAAAGAGAUGGAAAGACUUAAAGAACAGAGUUGUGGAGCACAAUAUUAGAAUAAUGGCAAAAUAUUAUACCAGAAUUACAAUGAAGAGGAUGGCACAGCUCCUGGAUCUGUCUGUUGAUGAAUCGGAGGAAUUCCUGUCCAACCUAGUAGUAAAUAAGACCAUCUUUGCAAAAGUAGACAGGUUGGCAGGAAUUAUCAAUUUCCAGAGGCCCAAGGACCCAAAUAACCUACUCAAUGACUGGUCUCACAAGCUCAACUCACUGAUGGCCCUAGUUAACAAAACCACACAUCUUAUUGCCAAAGAGGAAAUGAUACAUAACCUGCAAUAAGAUGCUUCAGUAUACGUAAUGCUUUUGAAGAAGGCAUUAAAACUUGGUAAUAGACUAUUAUCCCAGUGUAUAUUUGGUUUAUUUUCUCCCUACCCAAACCCUCCUGUCUAAAACUUAGAACAUGAAUAAUAUCUCUUGAAGUCUUGUUGAUAAUUAAGUGCCCUUGAUUAUCCGUUGUUAAACAUUUUUUGCUACAGUUGGUGAAAACAUAAUAAAAUGUAUUGCCCGUGUUA